AUGGAAAGAUGGAUUCAAAAGUCCACACUAAUCGGCGUAGCCUUAUCUAUUGACCACCUGGGACAUUUACCGGCAUUGAUGUCCAUUUACAACGAUAAAGUGGCGGACGUGAAAUACCAUGGGGGAAUGAUGGGUCGUCUUAGCUUUGACAGCAAUGUGGAGGCGGGAGUGUUCCUGGAAAACAAAAGGAACUGGGAGAACAUGUUCAAAUGGUUACGAUUGGGGAAAGAACUCGACAAUAUCCAGUUCGAAAGGGUAGCAUGGAUUCGAAUUGUAGGCCUACCGAUAAAAUAUUGGAGUGAACAUAUUUUUCUAAAAUUACAAGAAGCUUUGGAAUGA